CUUCCUCUAUAUUCUCGGUUACAUCGAACAUUCUGGAUGGUCCAAGAUUCUUCCUUAGUAAUUUCUCUUUUAUCUCUUUCCUAUUUCAACGCGAUUUCCUCUUUUUAAGUUAAUCACCAAGUAAUGGCAGUUUUGUCUUUUUAACUUAGCCCCAUAAAUUUAGUCCAAAACUCCGGUUUACGCUAUAUAAGUGUUGCUCUUUGCUGUUUGGAGACUAGAGUUCCUAAACGAGUUAACGAGUCGCUCACGAGUUGUCCAAUGGAGAGGAGCGGAGGAGUAGGUGGUGGUGCUGGGGGCGGUGGUUAUAGGGGAAGAGUUGGCGGCGGUAAUGGAAAAGGAAUUGGAAGAGGAAGAGACGGAGGUGGUGGUGGUAAUGAUGGCAGUCAAAGUCAACCCCACCUUCAACGACAGCAACACUCUCGUCAACAGUAUCCACGUCAGCGGCAACGUUGGAUGCCGGCAAAUCAAGGUGGGACCAUCCAGAGUGGUCAGGGGGAGCAUAGCCAGAGUGGUUAUGGUCGUGGUUGGGGAGAGCCUCCAAGGGGUGGGUAUAGUGGUGGUAGUGGCGGCGCUAUUGGAGGCCUGGAUGAUCAUGGUGGGUUUAACCAAAGUAGUCGUAGCAGUAGUUGGGUAGAGCGUCCAAGAAGUGGUUAUAGUGGUGGUAGCCACGGAGGUAUUGGAGGCCUGGAUGAUCAUGGUGGGUUUAGCCAUAAUAUUGGUAACAGUGGUUGGGCAGAGCUUCCAAGGGGAGGGAAUAGUGGUGGUAACGGUAUUGGCGGCCCAGAUGAUCAUGCUGGGUUUAGCCGAAAUAGUGGUAACAGUGGUUGGGUGGAGCCUCCGCGGCGCGGGCAUGGUGGUGGUAGAGGAUCUGGCUCUGGCCCAUCAAAGUGUAAGGGACCCACAUUUCCUACUACGACUCCAACCGUUCCUCGGAAAUCUGACUACCCCGAAUCAAAGCCUCUACGGAGUCCUAACUUGCAGUCACAGGGUAUUUCAGAAAAAUUGGCUUUGCCUUCAGACACUACUAGUAAAAUUGUACCAGUUAAAAGACCAGAUAAAGGUGGCAAACUGGCCAUCCGAACUGCUACUCUUCAAGUAAAUCACUUUCCUGUCAGUUUUGAUCCUGAGAGUAUCAUAAUGCAUUAUGACAUUGACGUCAGACCUGAUGUGCCUCCCAAGCAUGGUCGCCCUGCGAGAAUAACUAAAUCUAAUUUGACAUUGAUCAGGAAUAAGUUCUUCACUGAUAAUCCUUCUCAGUUUCCAUUGUCAAUGACUGCAUAUGAUGGUGAGAAGAACAUUUUCAGUGCAGUACGUUUGCCCACUGGAAAAUUUAAGGUGGAGUUCUCUGAGGCGGAAGACAUGAAAGAGUGUACUUAUACAUUUACAAUAAAGCUUGUGAAUGAACUUAAGCUUUCCAAGUUGAAGGAUUACUUAUGUGGGAAACUCUUGUCGAUUCCUCGAGACAUACUGCAAGGGAUGGAUGUAGUAAUGAAAGAGAACCCAACUAGGAAUAUGAUAUCUGUAGGCCGCACCUUUCAUUCUUUUGAAUCUUGUGAAGCAGAUGACCUUGGGUUUGGCAUUACAGCAUCUAGAGGGUUUCAACAUAGUCUCAAGCCUACGUUCCAGGGUCUGGCCAUGUGCUUGGACUAUUCUGUACUUGCAUUUCGCAAGCGACUACCAGUGAUAGAUUUUCUUUACCAGCAUAUUCCAGGGUUUGAAUUACGUGAUUUCAGAAGCUUUAGAAGAGAUGCUGAGAAUGCAUUGAAGGGAUUAAAGGUUACAGUGACUCAUCGUAUUACUAAACAAAAAUAUAUGAUUGCUGGAUUGACAAAGGAUAAUUCACGACAUAUUACUUUUUUGGCUGAAGAUCCAGAUGGCAAAGCUCCACAACGUCAAGUUAGCCUUGUUGAAUAUUUCAGGCGAAAGUACUGCGAUAUACAAUACAAGGACAUUCCUUGCCUUGAUUUGGGCAAAAGCAAUCGAAAAAAUUAUGUACCAAUGGAGUUCUGUGUCUUAGUUGAAGGUCAGGUAUAUCCAAAAGAGCAUUUGGAUAGGAAGGCGGCUAUGUUCUUGAAGAACAUGUCGCUGGCAACUCCAAGUGACAGGCAAAGGAUAAUAGGUAGAAUGGUAAGUGCAGGAGAAGGACCUUCCGGUGGGAACAUAAUCCAGAAUUUCGGAAUGAAUGUUGACAAGAAUAUGACAUUAGUUGAAGGCCGUGUAAUUGGGCCACCAGAACUGAAACUAAGUGCUUCUAAUGGUAGGGUGAUGAAAAUUUCUGUUGACAAGGAGAAAUGUCACUGGAAUCUUGUUGGAAGAGGAGUGGUGGAAGGGAAAACAAUUGAAAGAUGGGCUAUUCUGGAUUUUAGUUCUUCUGACCGUGACAGAUUGAGGCCAGAGCAAUUCAUAUCGAAGCUCAGGGCUCGGUGUGAGAAUCUAGGAAUCUCUAUGAAAGAGCCACUCUUUUGCCAAUCUGCUACUAUGCACAAAUUCUCUAAUGUUGAUAUGCUUCAUGAUCUGCUUGAAGCAGUUAAUGAUCGGGCUAAUAAGACUUGCCGGGGUCAGUUGCAAAUUCUUCUUUGUGUGAUGUCUAGGAAGGAUCCUGGUUAUAAGUAUCUUAAGUGGAUUUCUGAGACUAGAGUUGGUGUAGUAACUCAAUGUUGUUUGUCCAUUCUUGCCAACAAAGGGAAUGACCAAUAUCUUGCUAAUCUUGCUCUUAAAAUCAACGCUAAGCUUGGAGGUAGUAAUGUGGAGCUCAUUGACCGACUUCCAUAUUUUGAAGGUGGGGACCAUGUUAUGUUCAUUGGGGCUGAUGUUAAUCAUCCUGGUGCUCGGAAUACAACGAGUCCAUCCAUUGCUGCUGUUGUUGCUACUGUGAAUUGGCCUGCUGCAAAUCGUUAUGCAGCGCGGGUUCGUCCUCAGGAUCAUCGAAAAGAGAAGAUUGUCAAUUUUGCAGUUAUGUGUCUUGAACUUGUUGAAACUUAUGCUCGGCUGAAUAAGGUUAAACCAGCGAAUAUUGUGAUCUUCCGUGACGGGGUAAGCGAGGGCCAGUUUGAUAUGGUUCUCAAUGAAGAGUUGAUAGAUCUCAAGAAAUUAUUCCAAUCAAUCAAUUACAACCCAACUAUUACACUCAUUGUGGCCCAAAAGAGGCAUCAAACUCGUUUGUUUACCAGGAACAGGGGUGAUGGAAGCUCCAAUGGGAAUGUGUCUCCAGGCACAGUUGUGGACACGAAAAUUGUGCAUCCAUUUGAAUUUGAUUUUUAUCUCUGUAGCCACUACGGAAGCCUUGGGACAAGCAAGCCCACACACUAUCAUGUCUUAUGGGAUGAACAUGGCUUUAGUUCUGACCAAUUGCAGAAACUUAUAUAUAACAUGUGCUACACGUUUGCUCGAUGCACAAAACCUGUGUCAUUGAUUCCACCAGUGUACUAUGCUGACCUUGUUGCUUACAGAGGAAGGUUGUACUAUGAGGCAGUAAUGGAAGGACAUUCUCCAGCAUCAGCAACUUCUUCAUCCUCUUCACUAGCAUCAUCAUCAUUGUCGUCGGCACCUUCCUUUGAUGACAGGUUUUAUAAGUUGCAUGCUGACCUGGAGAACAUAAUGUUUUUUGUUUGAAAAGCUGUUGUUUGGCCAAUCUCCUGUCCUCAGAUGGAGAUGGUUAUCAUUUUUGUUUUUUUAAAUGCCUAUGCGCAGGUUCACUCCUUUUAUAUGCAUUUCAGUCCAACUGAAGGAGUUUGUGCGUGAAUCUAAUGGGUUACAGACUCUUCUCCUUUCAUGGUUUCUUUCUGCAAGCCAUACUUUGUUAGGGGAUAAUUAUGCUUUUCAAGUUUGGACUUGGAAGGUUCAAAACACUGUUUUAAUAUAGCUGGAUGCCAUUAAGGCUUUUUUUUUU